AUGCUAGACCAGAACUUUUAUGAUAUAAAGUUUUCGAGCUCAUCUUCUCUUAAGAAAGAGAGAACGAACAAACGGAAAGCUGAAGAGCCGUCGGAUAUCAAAGCACCGCUUUUCAAAUUAAUUUCUCUCAGUGACACCACAAAUUUUAUGACCUUGUACACUGCUAAUGACAACGAUUGUGACCUUGUGAACGCCUUGCUCAGUGACACUACAGAAAAUGCCCCAGUUUCGUCUCCAGAGGAAGCCAAACCAUCAAGUGAUAAAAUUUUCACAUAUCAGAAAUUAAGGGAUUACGAUAGCAAUUCAAGAAUGUCUAGCAAUGCUGGAUUAUUCCGCCAACUAGCCAUCACUUUUGAUGAAAAAACUUCUACUGCUCUAUUUGUUCCAAUAAAGGGGAAGAUUGAACUCAAAAAGCGCCGCAUCGACAACUUUAUAGAACCAAAGCUCAGGGCUCUCAGUUACGAUGUGAUCAAUCUCAAUAUCAGAGAGCCAACUAGAACAGAAAUUAAUGAGCGUGAUAUACGCAGAAGUAAUUUCGACCCCAUGGAAUUUGGCGCUGACGAAGAGGAAGCAAAUGAGGAAGUUGCAAAGGAGGAAGUUACAGUCGGUGAUACACACCUUGCUUGA